AUGUUGAGCACGGCACUACCAGGUCGGACUCUCGGCGGCGGCGGCGGUGGCGGCAACGACGGGGCUUUCGGCGCGAAUCUCAUCUCGCCGUCCCAUGCUCUCCUCGUCGCCGUGGCAGGCCUCCUGCUCUACGGCCUCUACAGGUGGGCUCUGCCCAAACCGAUCCCCGGCAUUCCUCACAACGCCGCGGCCGCGAAGCACAUCCUAGGAGACAUCCCCUCGCUCCUGGAAGGCAUCGGCCGUACCGGCGAGUUCAACCUCUGGCUCCUCGAGCAGGCGUCCAAGCUGGGGUCGCCGCUGUUCCAGGUCCUGAUCCGCCCGCUGGGCAAGCCGAUCGUGGUCCUGACCGACUUCCGCGAGGCCCAGGACAUGCUCAUGCGGCGCAAGGACUUUGACCGGUCCUCCCUCGUCGCCGACCUGCUCGAGGGCGCCGGCCCCAAGCACCACAUCAUCAUGAAGACGGGGCCCGAGUGGAAACAGCACCGCCGGCUCCUGCAGGACCUCAUGUCGCCGCAGUUCCUCAACGAGGUGGCCGCGCCGACCGUCUACGCGGGCGUCAUGCGCCUCAUCAAGCUGUGGAACGACAAGGCGAGCAUCGCCGACGGCCGACCCUUCUCCGCCGAGACGGAUAUCUACUACGGCGCCCUCGACGCCGUCAUGUCCUUUGUCUUUGGCGCCGGCUUCCCCAGCAGCGCCAUCCGCCCGACCAUGGAACUCGUCGGGGGGCUGGCCGACGACGACGUCGCGCGUCUCCGGGACCGGGCCGACGGCGGCAACGGGCCCGUGGACUUCCCCGAGGGGAAGUGCGACGAGACGCUCCAGGCGACGCUCGACGUGGCCACCUCGAUCGAGCAGCUGCAGGGCUCACCGAUCCCGCGGAUCAAGUGGUGGCUCCUCGAGAAGCUGCCCGCCAUGCGCCGGACCUUCCGCAUCAAGCAGGCGUACGUACGCGAGGAGAUCGCCAAGGCGCUCAGGAGGCUGCAGAAGGUCGGCAACGAGGAGUCCAAGGCCCUCUCGGCGGUGGAGCUCGUCGUCCUGCGGGAGAGGAAGCUGGCGGAGAACGAGGGCCGACAGCCCGACUUCUUCUCCGAGACGAUGGUUGACGAGGUCUUUGGCGUCGUCGUCGCGGGCCACGACACCACGAGCACGACCAUGUGCUGGGGCGUCAAGCUCUUGGCCGACCACCCCGAGACGCAGACGACGCUGCGCUCCGCCCUCCGGUCCGCGCUCCCGGAGGCGCUGGCCGAGAAGCGCAGCCCGACCGUGCGAGAGAUCUCGGGGACCAAGAUCCCCUACCUCGACGCCGCCAUGGAAGAGAUACUCCGCUGCGGCGGCGCCGCGCCGCUGCUCGACCGCGAGGCCCUCUGCGACACGGAGCUGCUGGGCCGCCGCAUCCCCAAGGGCACGGUGGUCAUGUGCCUGAACCGGGGGCCCAGUAUGUUGAAGCCGGCGUUGCCGGUCGACGAGGCGACGCGCAGCGAGAGCAGCCGGGCCGCCAAGGCGCGGGCGUGGGACGACGCUGAUAUCUCGCGGUUCAGGCCGGAGCGGUGGCUCGUCGAGCCGCCGGCCGGCGCCGGCGCCGGCGCCGUCGCCGAGUUCGACCAGCAGGCCGGGCCCCAGCUCGCGUUCGGUCUGGGAACCCGCGGCUGCUUUGGGCGGAGGCUGGCGUACCUGGAGCUGAGGAUCAUCUUGACCCUGAUGGUGUGGAAUUUCGAGCUGCUCCCCUGCCCGGAAGAGUUGUCCGGGUACGGGGCCCGGGAGGGUUUGACGUAUAAGCCGAAAGACUGCUACGUCCGAUUGUCAGCUCUGGGCAUGAAGGACGAAUGA